AUGCCUUUCCCCAGAAACGAGCCCAACAGUGGACAAGACACAGGACGCUCUCUGGAUAGUCGUUUUUCUUCGAGCAACUACAUAAAAGGUGCCGCUACCUCUGGUCGGCCCUGGAAUGGAUCUCAAGCUCCGUAUCCCGCCAAUGAGGGUGAUUCUGACAUCGACUCCGAGCUGGCCUCGCUGUUAUUUCACGAUAUUGUAUCUCUACGCGUGAAGAUCCGCGGUUGCAGCCCCGGACAGUUCAACCAAUCCUCUUCGCCAAUGACGGCGCCCGAAUACCGAAAGUCCAAGAAUCAUUACCCUGUCUUGGCGAUCUCUGUCGAGCCAGGCUUUGAGCUGACAGCUUCUUCGACUUCUCCACUCGGGUAA